AUGAUACUUUCAAAACGUUUCACGGACAUUUUUUGGUUGCUUCCGACAAUAACUUACCCAGCUUUGGUAAACUUUGUUGUACCAGGGUUGGGUGACUAUUUAUUUUUAAAAGCUUUAAUCGAAAUAAUUUAUGGACGGUCCAUCAUUUCAAUAAUAUUCAAUUUACACUUUCCAUUGUCAGAAAAACUUGAUCAAAUAACUCGUCAUAAAUUAAAUUUAUUAUUAUCUGAAUCCGGACUUGAUUCCUCAAAAAUUACUUCAGAACGACAGCAAACCUUGGUUGAUCGAAUGAAAGAAGAAAAUCGACAAUUAUUAUCAAAAUUAACCAAUUUGGAAAAUGUAUUUAAAUCUGAACCAACUAAAAAAAUUUCAACAAUGCCUAUAUCAUAUAAUACACUUCAUAAAAAUCAUAUGAAUCAUCUAACAGGAAAUAUAAGUAGUAGUGAUAAUGAAGAUGACUAUUGUAAUAUAUUAACAAAUACUCGAAAACGAACUCUUCGUAAAUCUCGACUUAAUAGUAAUAGAUGCAUUAGUCAUACAAGACAACGUAGUUCUGGAUAUUCUUCAAGUAGUAAUGCAGCCACAACAAAACAUUCUUAUUUAUUCUCUUCUAUGAAUAAUGGUGAUACGGAUAUUACAGGUUUUAGUUCUGGUGAUGAUAUUGAUGAAAAAGCUGAGGCUGGAAAUAAAGUAUAUUGGAUGCAUAAAAUUAUAGAAACUGUCGAGGAAUAUGAUCCUCGUCAAACAUAUACUUUAGAACGUAUUGGUUCUGGUGGAAGUGGUAAAUUAUAUAAAGCAACAGAUAACCUUACCAACCGAAUAAUAGCAGUGAAAUCAAUCAAUCUUAUGGACUCAAAACUACUUAAUGUCACUUAUGCUGAAGUUAUUGCUUGUCGAAUACUUAAACAUCCAAACAUUGUUACCAAUUACAAACAAUCUAUUAUGGAUAACUUUGAUCAAAUUCCCACUACCUCAUUUUUUGAUUCAUCCACAUAUAAGCACUCUUUAUUUAACGAAAAUUGUUAUUCGAUAGGUGAUAAUUGUUAUAAAGAGUUUAGUAGUCCUACUUUAUGUUUAUUUAUGGAAUACUGCGAAGCUGGAUCUUUGUGGGAGGUUCGAAAUAAAAGACCUCAAAAACGAUUUAAUGAAGUUGAGGUUGCAUUUGUAAUGCGUGAGGUGCUAAAAGGAUUAGAAUUUUUGCAUGGUUUGGGAAUCAUACAUCGAGAUAUUAAAGCUCAAAAUAUCCUUAUAAGUAAUGAUGGUGGUGUUAAAAUAGCUGAUUUUGGUUCCGCUUCUUUACGAUGUCGUGCGAAUUUAAAACUUGGCACUUUAUAUUGGAUGGCUCCCGAAGUAUUAAAAGCCCAGAGUUACGAUUGUAAAGUGGAUAUUUGGUCUCUGGGUAUACUAGCCAUAGAAUUAUUUGAAGGAAAACCUCCAUGGUAUCCAAUGGGACAACGAAGAGUUGUGGAACUUAUAAGAACAGUAGGAACACCACCAUUACCAUCAGGGCUAUCUCCUGAUUUUGAAUCAUUUCUCAGAGAUUGUUUAACAAUUGAGGCUGAAUGUCGACCUAGUGCAUAUGAACUUUUGAACCAUUCAUUUAUGAAAUAUUGCGAACGGGUCAAUAAGUUGUCUAUUUAA